AUGAAAUUUCCAAUAUCUUCUCUAAGUCUUCAUCAAUGCCCUCUUCUCAUCCUUUUCAUUAUUCCAUUAGUUUCUGCUUACAUCGGUCUGAAACAUAUCAAGUUGAAAAGUGUCAUUCAUUUCCAACAGGGAACGUUGACAUCAGCACCAUGGAGAAUCGCAGUAGUCAUGUGCAUGAAGUCAAUGCCUCCAUUUAUUGUUUGGUGUUUCUUCAUCUCAGGACCUGCGUCCAUCUUCUACUUGAUCGGUAGUGGUGUUGCUGUUCCUGUAACCAUUUUGACUAUUACUCCAAUCAUUCAUUAUAUUCCUUCACCUAGUAUAGUAGCCUAUAUUCAGCAUCGUUUCCAAAGUUGUACAAGCCGCAAGUUCAUUUCCACAAUAGAAUGCGUUCUUUCUUUAUUAACAAAUAUAUUUUUAUUUGUUCACAUAAUUUCGUUUUUAUCCUCCAUUUCACCCUACUCAUUCUAUCUUUUGUGUCCAUUGGUUACCUCAUUUUCCAUCAUUUCCAUUAUAUUUUCUGGACAUUCGAUCAUUAUGACCAUUGUACUCGUUCUACACAUUCUAUCCGUAUUCAUAGGAUUAGGCGUCUUCCUUUACUUUGCCAUUGAAGAUGUUACUUCUUUCAACUCAAUCGUUCCCAUGAACUACAAUGUUUCCGACUGUUUCCUCUCAUUCUUCAUGGGCUUCGUCAUAUCCUUCUAUCAGAUCACAGCAAGUCCCAGCUUUUAUCAGAUUUAUUUUCCGUUAUCGACAAUCUAUAAACUUCGAUUGAGUCUCAUAUUCUAUGGAGUCUUCCAGUUAUUCUCCUUCAUUCUCACCUUCAUUGUUAUCUCGUUGUUCACUGCUUUCCUGGAAAGAAGCUGUCAACAUUCCUUCUCAUACAUCUCCUUUUCCCUCUUCACCAAAACUACCGUCCUACAUCAUGUGGAGCAUUACCUAGUGAUCUCAUCUAUUCUAUCAUUGCUUCUGUUUGUUUAUCAAUGGAAUAUUUUGUACUUAUCAACACAUAUCUGGGAAGAGUUUGCUAAAUUCCAUUUCCGUCUUACCUCAUCUCGAAGACAGCUAGCGGCACUACAGUUCACCAUUAUGGCUAUUGGCAUUCUGAUCACUAGCUUGGCAAUCAUCAUCAAGUACUUCAAGAUACCCUACGACUUGAUCACAAUAUCUGUUCUGUUAAUCACUUUAACCAUAGGAUUCGCUAUCACAGCUAUUUACCUGUGUGGAUACUACUUCCCUUGUUGCAACAGCAAAGGGACAUCAACUUCGUUGAUUCUCUCUUUCUUUAUUUCUAUACUAGUGUUCUAUCUUUACUUUUCGUAUAACGACACUCCUAAUUAUGUAAAUAGUUGUAACAAGUUCACGAACCAUACGUCAUCUAUAAGUAUCAGAUCUUUCAAUAUGGAAAAGAUUCUCAUCAUGACAGCCCAAAUACCUCUGCAGUAUCAUCCGCUGAUCCUAUUCAUGAUGGCAAUAGGCAUUUGUGUCUUCAUAAGUUUCCUCACAGGCGGACAGGAUCAGAUGGUUCUUGAUUGGAACUUGGUGAUUCAACCAAUGAACUUUAGCAGCUUCUGUCUUCUAAUUGUAAUUCUCUGUCAUUUUGCUGCUGAUUGUCGAAAAUUAAUCCAUUCAACAGCGUUGUUUCGUCAUGGAGCACGAGCUCCCACCGGUAUGAUGCUGAAUGAAUCGCUUAGAGAACUUUUCAAGAACGGCCUAGGCGAACUUACUGAUAAGGGAAUCGAAGAUUCUUACAAUUUGGGUGAAUUCCUGAAAGAGCGUUACGUCAAAACAGGAUUUUUAUCAUCUCCGUUCCGCUUAAAUGAGGUUCGUUUCUUCAGUCGAGCAAUCAACCGAUGUGUUAUGACAGCCAAUGCUGUUGCGACGGCCAUGUACUCAGAUAGUAACAUUGGAAAAGCAUUCCGAAACACUUUCGUUCCAGUGUAUACCCAAGAGAGGAAUGAUACGUUAUUGAACUAUCCAUUCACUGUUUGUCAGGAAGAACCAAAUUAUCUCCGGCAGACCUGCCAAAAUGUUCCUGACUUCUCGAGUUUCAACACGUGGCCAGAGUACGAGGAAUUCGUGUUCGAAUGCCUGAAAUUAUCAAAAAACAGUACAUUCUUCGCAAAACCCGGUAAAUUCCGUGAAGCAGAAGCUUUGAUCAAUGAGGAAAAGAAUGGCGGGACGAUUAGUGCAGAUCUACGCGCCGAGUUAUUGCCGCUCUAUUCAGAAGUUUAUCAUUUCAUAAUCGGAAGCGGGAAAUAUCAUAAUCGUCGCCUAUUACGUAUGAAAGGUGGAUAUCUCAUGCAUACAGUAUUAACAACAAUUUUGGCAAAAUGGAGAUGUUAUGUCAACGAAGGCGACAGAUGUUCGCAAAAAAUCAUGAAAACACAGAAAUUCGUUGCUUAUUCAACUCAAGAUUGGAUUUUAUCGAUAUUUAUGGAAAUAUUGGGUGAAACAUCGAAUGAGAUGGCGAACAAUGCCGGCCUACCAGACUACAAUUCCAUGAUUCUAAUAGAGUUAUAUGAUAACAAUUGGAUGCCUGAAAUUGAGGUGUUUUACAAAACGGGAGCAGGGGAUGAUGAACUCAUCAACAUCACUCCAUCCAUCAGAGGAUGUAAAAAGUCAUCUCCGUGUCAUUUAUCCUUAUUUCUGAAUUGUUGCAACAACUAUACAACUAACGAUCCUUAUUCGGCUUGCAUGGGAACCUUAGCCUAA